AUGCGAGAUCUAAAAACAUAUCUUUCCACGGCACCGGUACUAAGUACUAUAUGGUUCGGGUCCUUAGCAGGUCUAUUGAUAGAGAUUAAUCGUUUAUUCCCGGAUGCGUUGACAUUCCCUUUUUUUAAUUAA